UAAAUUUACCAAUGGGUAUAAAGUAAAAAUGCGGUUAUUAUUUGUUAUAUUGUUUGUGUUAGAGUCCUUCGGGCUCGGAUCUGUUGUGAAUAAAGAUAGAAAGGAGAAUACAGAACUAUCUAGAGCUUUUGAUGACCGGCCUUUGCUGUUCGCCACGUUAGGGGGCGGCAUGGUAGCUGUAGAGCCUCUGUCAGGAAAUGUUAUAUGGAAACUCAAAGAUGAACCAGUGGUAAAAGUCCCAAAUCAACAUGCCAAUCUUAUGCCCCAAUUCUUGCCGGAUCCACGGCACGGCUUCCUCUACAUGUACGGUCCAAGAGGAGACAAGCAGAUGCUCAAAAAAUUACCGUUUACAAUACCAGAACUGGUGGCCAACGCUCCCUGCCGCUCUAGUGAGGGCAUGCUCUACACGGGCAAGAAGAGCGACACUUGGUUCAUACUUGAUCCCUUGACAGGGUCAAGAGAGCAUGUUUCAGGCUUCGACACUUCGAAGAUAUUUAACGGUGACAAUGAGCAAACAUGCUCGGGGAAAAAACGCGGUGUUUACAUAGCGCGUACAGAGUACAACAUACUGAUGCACGACGCCAAUAACGAGAAUCAGAAAUGGAAUGUCACGUUCUUCGAUUAUACAUCACAUGCUAUGGGCAAAGAAAUGCUAAACGAUUAUGGCAUCAUACAUUUUACAUCAACUUCGAAUGGGCGGAUAAUGUCAUUCGAUAGAAAAACUGGUGACCUUGUCUGGUCACAUAAUUUUGAAACACCGGUUGUCGCCGCUUAUUUGCUAGACAGAGAGGGACUUUUAUCUGUCCCUUUCAACUCUAUAGGAGAUGAUACGUUAGACCAUAUUAUGGAAGAUGCGUCUACGUUGAGAAAUGGUCAGGGUAUUAAAAAUUCGAAUAUUGAAUUAUAUCCAACUUUAUACAUAGGAGAGCAUAAUCACGGUCUAUACGCGUUAUCUUCUCUAGUAGACAAGAAUACAGUGACAAUAUCCACUGGACAUUCAAAACCCCUACUACUAGAGGGUCCAGCUACAGAAACUCAGACAAAAGCGGACAAAAUCACAUACGAACCAUUCAAGAAUGUCCACUACCAACUCAAUGAUUUAAAUUUACACGUAACACCACCUUAUUUACUAUUAGGACAUUAUAAAGUACCGGAGUUGACAACGUCGUGGACGCCGCAACUUCCUAACACGAAUUUCCUAAAUACGCACACACAGGAUCUUGAAACGAUCAAAUUAAUCAAUGGAGAAGUUCAUACAAAUACCGAUAAGGAUGGUGAAAAUGAAACCAAUUUAAAAUCGAGUUCGGUAUCAGUUUCGGUUCAGACUGAGGAGUUUCAGGAACUAUUUUUAAGACCAGAUUUGUGGUAUAAACAGUGGCAUAUUUGGUUAAAUCAGCAAGAAAAUAAAGCUUUGAAAGUACUGCUUAUAAUUUUGAUGGGACUGGUUGUUACGAUGUUUUGGUAUCUCCGCUAUCAGGCACGGGAGUUCCAACAGUUAUCUCAAGGGAGUUCAAGGUCAUCCAACGCGUCCACUUCGUCACAAGGAGAGGUGACAGGACAGUUGGUAGAGUUAGGGGAUGGUGAAGUGCGUAUUGGGAGGAUCAGUUUCUAUACGGACCAGGUCUUGGGGAAGGGGUGUGAGGGUACAUUUGUGUACAGAGGAACUUUCGACAAGCGGGCGGUAGCCGUGAAGCGCUUGCUACCAGAGUGCUUUACAUUCGCGGACCGUGAGGUAACGCUAUUAAGGGAGUCGGAUGCGCAUGCGCAUGUUGUGCGGUACUACUGCACGGAGAGGGAUAAACAAUUUAGGUAUAUAGCAUUAGAGUUGUGCUCAGCAACGCUACAAGAUUAUGUUGAGAAGAAAUUAAAUUUUGAGUGCAAAAUCGAUGCGGUUGAGGUGCUACGGCAAGCUACGCUGGGCUUGUCACAUUUACAUUCCAUGGAUAUAGUUCACAGAGAUAUUAAGCCUCACAACGUCCUGCUGUCGAUGCCAACUGGUAACGGGGAAGUUCGUGCAAUGAUCUCAGAUUUUGGUUUGUCGAAGAAACUGAACAUAGGAAGGGUCAGUUUCUCGAGGCGAUCCGGUGUUACUGGUACCGAUGGCUGGAUAGCACCUGAAAUGAUUAACGGAGAAAGGACGACAACGUCUGUUGACAUGUUUUCUCUGGGCUGUGUUUUUUACUAUGUUCUAUCAAAGGGACACCAUCCAUUCGGUGAUGUGUUAAGAAGGCAGGCUAAUAUACUUACAGGGGAAUACAAUUUAGACCAACUAGAUAAGGUGUUGCCAGAAGAAGAGGUACUGGUAACGAAGAUCCUCAUUCGUGCGAUGAUCUCGGCGCGCGCGGCGGCGCGGCCGCCCUGCUCCACAGUGCUCAAGUACCCCAUGUUUUGGGGGAAACAGAGCAUAUUGAAUUUCUUGCAGGACGUGAGCGACCAGGUGGAGAGUAGCAGCGAGGAGGGCGCGACGCACCCGCUGGAGACGGGAGCGCGGCGCGUGCUGCGGGGAGACUGGCGUGCGCACGUGUGCGGCGCCGUGGCGGGCGACCUGCGCGCGCGCCGCACCUACCGCGGGGAGCGCGUCGCGCACCUGCUGCGGGCCAUUCGGAACAAGAAACACCACUACAGAGAGCUAGAACAGGAAGUUCGUGAAAGUCUCGGAAAAUUGCCAGAUGGGUUUGUCACCUAUUGGCUGAAGAGAUUCCCGCUGCUCUUGCCGCACGUAUGGCUACAGAUGCAACAAUACCGACAAGAAGAUAUUCUCCAGGCGUACUACCCACGUUCCUUCGUGUUUAGUAGAGACGACGUAGCGGAGCUUAGUAAUAACACAGAUUGCGAAGAACUACUCCCGAGUGAUAUAGAGAAAAACGAAUUAUUCCUUAAAAGUAGAAUCUAUUAUGAUGAAAACGAUAAAGAUAAAAAGUAUUAUAGAAAAGAAGGUUCACCCCGUAAACGUAAUGUAUACGUAAGCGAUUGGCGAAGUGGAGCGCAAAGUGUGGACUUUAGAGUAAGACAGGACGAUGUUAGAAUGCGAGACAAGCAUUAUCUCAAGAAAAAGGAAAAGAAAAGGGAAGAAGUACCCGUCUGGAGUUUACCUCCGCAAUAGCUAAGUAGGUUUUAUUUAUUAAAUAAGUGCAAUUCUUAACAUUAAGUUGUAAAAAUGGUCUCAGUGAAGUUUAAAUUGAGGGGCUAUAAGAUGCCUUUAUUUCACUUAGAGUGAGUGAGGACAAUUAACUAUUAAUUAUUAAUAUAUAUUUUUUUUGAGAUAGACUAGCGGUCGUCAAAUUUUUUCGGCCAAGGGCCGCAUAGGGCAAGAUAUCCUAGGCAAGCGGCACACUAAAUGACGUUUGUCGUUUUUGUCCACUUAUAUGUUUUCGGUUCUUAUUCAUAUUUGUUACAUAAUAUUGACGUACUACGGCUAAGACAAUAGAAUAUAGCACCCCCACUCUUCCCAUGUCUGUCCUAAGAAAGGAUUAAGGAAUAACAAAGUUUUCUACGAACUUGGAAUUUAUCUUAUCUGAAAUUCGAAGGCAUGAGAGGGCACGAUGAUUCUACACCGUGGUCACUUGUUUUACUUCUGUGAAGGUUAUAGAUAGGUAUUGUAGGAGUUAUCAGGGAAGUGGACAUAAGGUGCCAAUCAAAAUACCAAUUGCGACAUUUCAAUCUUAUACGUUUAGAUCUUCUUCAGGCAUCUACAAAUUUGUUCUACAUAUGAAAAAGCUGCAUGUGUGAUUACCAAUAUACACAUAUAGAAUAAUAACAAAAAAAAAAUUACCUUUACAUGUAGUGUUUAAUUGACAUCUUCAUACUUCUAUUGUUAAUAUGUAUAAUCAUAUUAUAUAAUGCUUUAUAA